CACCGUGUUCGCUGGUGGAACUUUUUGGGAAGCAGAAUUUGAUUGAUACUGCUAAUUGGAUUACAUUUUUACCUUCCGAUAAGGAACCGUGGCUUAUAUCGAUGUGAAUUGGUUGUCUGCAACACAAACAAUAUGUCCUGCAACGUAGAAGAUAUGAGUUGGUCAGAUGCCCGGAACUUGCUGCGGAAGUGGCGUGACGAUAACGAACGAAAGAGUGACGAUGUAAUGCAACUGUGGGAUAAUGUACUGUCCUCCAAACAAAGCAAGCUAGGCAACGAACGUCACCUGGUGCUGGAACAGGUGAUCAUUGCUGCCCUCGAUUGUAACCGCAUUGAGACGGCGGAACACUGCGUGAGCAUCCUGUCGGCCGAGUUUCCCGGCAGCCUUCGCAUACAGAAGUACCGAUCCAUGCUUCUAGAAGCGUUGGAACGGUACGACGAUGCGCUGGACGAGCUGGAACAGAUCAUUCGGAAGGAUGAAACGAAUGCUGCACCGCGGAAGCGCAAAGUGGCCAUUCUGAAAACGCAGGGUCGCACUAACGAAGCAAUCAAGGAGCUAUGCGAUUACAUGAAAAUUUUCAUGUCCGACCAGGAGGGUUGGCAUGAGCUGUGUAAUUUGUAUCUGGCGGAAGGUGAAUAUGCGAAGGCGGCAUUCUGCAUGGAGGAGCUACUGCUGCACAAUCCGCAUAGUCACCUCAUCCAUCAGCGGUUGGCUGAUAUACGGUACACAAUGGGUGGCAUCGAGAAUAUCGAGAUGGCUAAAACACACUACUGCAAAGCUGUAAAGCUGAACGUUAACAAUCUGCGGGCCUUGUAUGGUUUGUUUUUGUGCUGUGGCCACAUUUCAAACUCGAAAGCCGUGGUGGGCAAAAGAAAGGAGGCUCAGAAGCUUGCUCAAUGGGCAAUGGCACAAAUUCAGUCGCGAACACAUUCCGCGACGAAAGAAGAUACCAAAGCUGCCCACAAAAUGGGCAAAAGUAGAACCGCCGGAUGUGAUGACGAGCUGCAAGCGCUCGAACAAGCAUUCGGGGGUUUGGAGGUAGGAAAAAGCACUAAUUGACCAUCUGUUGUAACGUUGCUCAUCCAACACUAUUUAAGCCGCAUUCUGGAAUGUGCUUUUACACCAAUUACAACAUCCCAGUCGGGCAGUUUCUUCGUCAACAUUUUCGAGCGCCGCUACAGCUAGAAAUGUCCCUUUAAAAUGAUCGUCAGUUUUAGGUGUUAGUUUGGUAUGAUUAGGUUGAACACUGGUGACGGCAACAAUAAACGAUGGAAACUGUUGGAAGCUUUUGGAGGUACUGAAUAAUCGAUUUAUUGAUACAAAUAUACAGGCUUGGCUUUUACAGGGAAUGUCCAAUCGGCGGUGUGUUAGCUUUGGAGAUAUCCAUUGCUUUAUUAUCGAACUGUAUCAGAAUUACGACGUAGGUACUGAUGUACCCGAUAACCUACAAUUGAACAAACAAAACCUGAAAUAAGCCCACCAAUAUAUUCACGAUUUCACUUGCGUGUAUCUUACAGAAGCAUACACAGGCCAAU